AAAUUAUACUGGAAGAGCUCACUCAGGAAGUAAAACAACUACGAGCAAAAGAAAACAUGGCGUAUGAGGCAAAGAAAGCCGAUAGCAUGAGGCUACGUGAUCAAGAAAAUAUACUGGAAGAGCUCACUCAGGAAGUAAAACAACUACGAGCAGAAGUUGAAAACAUGGCGUAUGAAGCAAAGAAAGCCGAUAGCAUGAGCCCUGUCGAUAUCAUUGAACCAACAAACAAAGAGUUACAGAACACUCAACCUGGAGCCAAUUUUACUCAGGCAGAAUUACUUAGGAUUGCUAAAGAUAUUCUGAGUGAAUGGGAUUUAAUCGCUCUAAGAACUGGACUAUUUGAUCAUGAUGAAAUUACCAACAUUAGACAAAAUAAUAGUUACACAGAUGAUGUAAGAAAAGCAAUGGCAAUGUUAGACGCGUACCAAAAACGAAAUGGCACUCGAGAAUGUUUAGUGUUGGCUUUGGAAGAAUCCCAACGUCAUGAUACGGCGAGAAAAGUGCGAUCAAAGUGUUAUCAAACUAUCAAAGCCGAUUAGUAUUGAUUUGUGUUUUAUGGAUCUAAACCUUUGCUUCUGCGAUAUCUUAAUCCGGGGGAAGUUUAAUAAAGUUACCGUAUAAUCCUUGUAAAUACCUGUUUUCCAAAGUUUUUUUUGCUGUGAACAAAUCAAUAUGCGUUGUUCGCCAUUAUUCAACUUAACAUCAAGUAUGUUAUUACAUUCAUUUUGUAAUUCUAUAUCUGGCAAGUACUUGAUAUUUAACAUACAGUACUCGAUAUUUUGCAUAAUCAUAAAAUUUGCGCAUUCGCACAUGAUUAUCCAUAAGCAUGUAAACGAUAUAAAGAUAUACUGAUCACUCAUUGUAUUAUAAUGUACAUGACCAUUGUCUCAGAGAUUAGUUCAUGUUCAGUAUAUAGUGCGUGUACUUUCUAAGUCUUCAUAGUCUUACAGUCUUGCUGCGUGUAUAUUGAACAAAUUGUAUAGUAUGGAAUUUGCUUGUAUUUUUUGUAAAAAUCUUGUAAUAUAAUUUACUAAAGUUACAUUUUAAAAAAGGUGUACCUUGAAACGAAGGUACCUCGAGACUUCAUGCAUGCAUGCAUUUACACCGACUUAUACUUAUCUUGUAUUAUUACUAUUGUUAAGUAUCUUUUAUUAUGCACGAGGCAGAAGAUUUUACAAUGAAUUAACUAAAGUUCA